AUGCUGAUAAUGAUCGGGGGGGGCUUCGGGUGCUUGAUCGCCACCGUGACGGCUGUCGUCCACCGCACCAUCUUCAACCAUCCGAUAACCAGCGCCACAACAUCCUGGUUGCGCAUUGUGAUCACUAUGGUGGCAGCCUUCGGGUGCUUGAUCGCCACGGCUGUCGUCCACCGCUCCAUCUUCAACCAUCCGAUCACCAGCGCCACAACAUUCUGGUUCGGGGUUGUGAUGCUGAUCACUAUUGGGGCGGCCUUCUGGUGCUUGGUCGCCGCGGCUGUCGUCCACCUCACCAUCUUCAACCAUCCGAUCACCAGCGCCACAACAUUCUGGUUCGGGACUGUGAUGCUGAUCGCUAUUGGGACGGCCAUCCUCCGUUAUCCUCAGUGGCCAAGAUGGAGGAAGCUCUUGGAUAUCGAUAUCGUCCAAUGCCUCUAG